ACACUUUAACAAACGAAGUCUCUCUGCAAUCAUUCAUUCCCCUUGUUUCUCUUCUCCUCGAUCUUUAAAUUAGAUUCUUCAAUUAUCCUCCGGUUCAAUACCGCCCACGAUCUCUUUGUCUUUUCUGUGAACCGCCGGUCGAAGAAAUUUUCUCCGACGAGGAACAUCAAACCGGAAUCGGCGGCGGCCGGUUCGAGUACGAGGCUAACGAUAUGUCGACCGAACAUAAGGACGAAGAACCAAACCCUAAUGUUACCGACAACGACAAUUUGAACAGUGAAAGUAAAGAUGAAGAACGUCGGUCAUCGCAGGCGACAACUCCUUUCACAAAUCUCAGUCAGGUAGAUGCUGACCUGGCUCUUGCUCGAACCCUCCAAGAACAGGAAAGGGCAUAUAUGAUGCUUAGCAUGAAUAAUGACGGGAAUGAUUAUGGAAGUUGGGAGGCUGGAAGCUAUUUACAUGAUGACGAUUUUGAUCAUCUCCAUGAUGAUGAUGACGACGACGAAGAUGAUGAUGAAGGGGAAGAUGAUGGCACUGAUGAUGAUGAUGUGGAUGUGUUUGAUCUUCAUGCUCAUUCUGAGAAUGGGGAUGAUGACAACAACCCGAGUGGUGAACUUGAUCCUGCUGAUUUUUCGAGUGAUGAGGCUUAUGCUAGAGCACUUCAGGAUGCUGAAGAAAGAGAAAUGACUGCUACAUUGUUGGCUUUGGCUGGGAUUAAUAUAGUGAGUUCUCUUGUUGACAUGCAUUUGCAGGAUACUUGGGAGGAAGUUGAUCCCGAUGAACUUUCCUAUGAGGAACUACUUGCACUCAGUGAAGUAGUUGGAACUGAGAGCAAAGGGCUUUCAGCUGAUUCAGUUGCCUCCUUGCCUUCCGUAACAUACAAGGCUGAGAACAGUCACACUGGAAGCAGUGAUUUGUGUGUCGUAUGCCUUGUAGAAUACGAAGAAGGUGACUCCUUAACGGCGCUUUCUUGCAAGCACUCGUAUCAUCCUGAAUGCAUAAAUAAUUGGUUGAAAAUAAACAAGGUCUGCCCUGUUUGUAGUGCCGAGGUCUCAAUUUGAGAGCUAGAAUUUUCGGACUAUCAUCAUCCUAGAGCCACAACAUAACCUGCUUGUUUGUAGCAGAAUGUUCCACCUCUUUAUGUAUUUGGAAAAUAACUUGUAUCAACACAUGCCUGUAUCAAUUCUCUCUUUAUUUAACUCGUGUUGAACCACCUUUGGAAUUAGUUUCCUGCUUUUUAUGGCCAUAGUCUGGGAGAAA